CCACGUACAGUACUUUUGGCUUCCUCCCCGCUGGCCACCAGGCUGGCUGCUGGGGCGCAGUCCGGGCUGCAGUGCUGAACCGGCGCUGGCUCCGGCUGAGCAGGAGGACCAGUGGGUUCUGCUGCUGCUGGGGUACGCUGCACCGAGGUGCUCUCCUCCUAGCGCCUCCCCGCCUGAACCUGCGCUCCCCUGCCCAUCUUGGGGGCAUCCCAGGGCAGUGGAGUAGAAGGGUGUCCGCGCGGGCUGCUCCCCAGCUCUGUCCCAGGCCGGCAUAGCCUCUCCUCAUCUAGCUCCCUUCUGGAAGGAUGGGCUCUUCCCAGUCCACAUCGGAGGAGGUCCGGGAACUCGUGGGCAAGACUGGUUUCUCUUCAGAUCAAAUCGAACAGCUUCAUCGAAGGUUCAAGCAGCUGAGUGGGAACCAGCUGACCAUCCGCAAAGAAAACUUUAACAACAUCCCUGAUCUGGAGCUCAACCCUAUCAGAUCCAAAAUCAUCCGUGCCUUCUUUGACAACAGGAACCUCCGAAAAGCACCCACUGGCUUGGCUGACGAGAUUAACUUUGAGGAUUUCCUGACCAUAAUGUCUUACUUCAGACCAAUUGAGACCAACAUGGAUGAGGAACAGCUGGAGCACUGCAGGAAGGAAAAGCUAAGAUUUCUCUUUCACAUGUACGACUCUGACAGUGAUGGACGGAUCACCUUGGAAGAAUAUCGAAAUGUGGUAGAGGAACUGCUUUCUGGAAACCCCCACAUUGAAAAGGAGUCAGCCAGAUCCAUUGCUGAUGGAGCCAUGAUGGAGGCUGCUAGUGUCUGUGUAGGACAAAUGCAUCCUGAGUGGAGUGGAGAGGUCUUUCAGCUGAGAAAAGCUUAUGUGUGUGUCUUCUAAUUAAUUACUGAAACUGGUAGACAGAUUGCCAGCUGCAGCACCUGAUCUCAGGCACUGGGGCUGUCCCUGGAGAGGGAAGCUUGGGGUCAUUUUAUUUACUCGUCUUUUUCAGGCUGGUCUUUUGGUCCUAAGGGAGGCUUCUGGCUAGGUGGAAAUCUGGUACAUUCAGCAAAUUAAAUGACAGCAGCACAGAGACCCACAGCGCUGGUCACGAGGGCCCAGGAUGCCCGGCUUGCUUCCAUACUGAGCCAAACUCCCAUUUGAUUUAAUUAUACUUUCCCUCCUUAAAUUACUCCCAAUCCUACUUCAGUUUCAAUUGGUGACAGCAUUCUUAAUUUCCCCUAGUAAAAUUGUUGGCAGCUGCUGAACAACAUAAAAUCCAUAGACACAUUUUAGUGGCUGCUGAAGUGAUUGUG